UUGCGUCCUGAUUCUGACAUUUACAUAAAUGAAGUGGAUUUAAAUUAUAUCAAAAUGAAAUUUCGUAAAGAUCCUCCUGAAAUGGCGCGUCGACUUCUUAAAUCGAUAAUUGGGGAAGACAGAUUAUCAACUAUGAGCCGAACUGGUGGAAAUGGGUGGCAGCCAUUACCCUUAGAUGUUAGCCAGACAGUUUACGAGUAUGUUCGUGCAAAUUCAAAACCGACCUUAAAUCUUGAUAAGUUUGAACGAGCUGUAACACAAAUGUUUACGUCAAUCCGGCGAUCCAACAACGUGCCUUCAAAAUCUGUACGAAAUUCAGAACGUUCAAAGAAGUCAUCAAGCUCAACAUCUCAGAAGCUCUCACAGAUCCAGACUCCAAAAUCACCUCAACACCGCUCGCAGAUCCUGACUCCAAAGUCAUCUCAAAGUCAACUGGAGACCCUGACUCCUAAGUCAUCUAAUCACCGCUCACCCAUCCUGACUCCAAAGUCACCUGAACGUCAACGCCAGACCCUGACUCCGAAGUCACCUCAUCACCGCUCGCAGAUUCUGACUCCAAAGCCACCUGAACGUGAACGUCAGGCUCGGACUCCGAAAUCACCUCAUCACCGCUCGCAGAUUCUGACUCCAAAGUCACCUGAACGGCAACGUCAGACCCUGACUCCGAAGUCAUCUCAUCGCCGCUCGUACAUGGUGACUCGAAAACCACCCCAUGGUUCCAAGCCGUCACUGCCUUCCUCCAGUCAGUCUCCGUACAAUUCUUCUGGGCGUUCGCACCAUCGAUCAAAACAUCAUUCUCCUAAUGACCGACAGCUUUAUCAUCGCUCCAGAAAAUCGUCUCAUCAUCGUUGGUCACGUGACCGAUCAAGAAGUCGUUCAGAAUAUUCUCGACGUAGUGAAAGCCACCGUAAACGUUAGGGAGUUUCGAGACCAAAAUAAGGGUCUUCAAAAAAGUUUGAAAUUUUAUGUAUCGAUUAAUGAGCACUUAAUACAUUUUCAGUAAAAAUUUUAAAUCAUUCGU